AUCAGGUAGAGGCGCUGUCUCUCCGGCGCCCCGUGUUCGGGAGCCACCCGGCGAGUGGGGUGGGCUGGGAUGCCCCGCUCUGUGCUGGGAACCGGGCAGCACCGAGCAGGGACGGGGAGCGCUCCCCGGGAACAGCAUGUUGUAUUGAUUAGCCCCUGGCAGAGGACCCAGAGCAGCACCAGAGGCACAGACUCUCCCCACCACAGGGCUGGAUUAUCUCGGGGUUCACGGUGCUCUGACCGGGGCUGGGGUUUGACUGACACACAGACGCGCACACACACACACACACCCCCCCCCGAGUGGGGAGAGCCCAGCUGCAUCACUCUGUGGCCAUGAGGUGCCUUGUUACCGGGGGCAAUGUCAAAGUCCUAGGGAAGGCCGUGCACUCUCUGUCCCGCAUCGGAGACGAGCUCUACGUAGACCCCACAGAGGAUGGGCUCUCCCUGCGUGCUGUGAACUCUUCCCGCUCAGCCUACGCCUGCUUCCUGUUCACCCCGCUCUUCUUCCAGCUUUACGAGGAGGGGAGCCCGGACCCUGAUGGGGAGCCUUUCCGCUGCAAGGUCUUCAUGAAGUCCUUCCUGGGCGUGUUCCGCUCACUGCCCUCCCUAGAGAAGAUGGUGGAGAAGUGUUUGAUUUCCCUGAAUCCCCGGGCCAGCCGGCUGGUCGUGCAGCUGCACUGCAAGUACGGAGUCACCAAGACCCACAACCUGUCAUUCCAAGAGUGCGAAUUGCUACAGGCUGUUUUCGACAAGGAGCUGUGCGCCAACACGCUGCGCGCCCCUGCCCGGGUGCUGGUGGACGCUGUGGUCCAUUUCCCAGUGACGCUGGCCGAGGUGACGCUGGGGGUCAGCCCUGCUGGGAAGGUGAGCUUUCGCAAUUACCUGGAUGAGGAGACAGAGCCGAGCAGGACAAUGGUGACUGAGCUGUGCCUCUCCGAGGACGAGUUCCAGGAUGUCCAGGUGCAGCAGCAGUCCCAUGUCACCUUCUGCCUCAAGGAAUUCCGGGGUCUCCUGAGCUUCGCCGAGUCCUCCAACCUGCCCCUCAACAUCCACUUCGACUCCCCUGGCAGGCCGGCCAUCUUCACUCUGUCGGACCCCCUGCUGGAAGUGCACCUGGUUCUAGCCACCCUGUCAGACCCCAACAGCAGCUCACAAGUCUGCUCCACAACCUUGCAGGCCCGGCCAGCCAAUGGUGCCUUUCCCAUGGCUACCCCUGAUGAUGACUUCAUGGGUGAUGACAUUGAUUCCUACAUGAUUGCCAUGGAGACCACAUGUGAGGAGGGGCCAGGGCUGCCCUCCAGCCCCACCUUUCCCCAGAGACGCCCCCAUCCGGGCGCUGCCCUGGAGUCAGAGAGCAGCACCAUGGAGAGCGACCUGGAGGGGGCUGUGCCAGGGACACCCCCACAGAAAAAGUUCCGCUCCUUGUUCUUUGGGUCGGUGCUGACCCAGUCUCAGGUUGGGACCCGUCCAGGGCCCAGCCAGGAUGUGCUGGCCGAGGACAGCGAGGGAGAGUCCUGAGAGAUCACCUUCUGCAGCCUGGCUUCAAGCCCCCUCCCCCUAAAAAAGCCCCCAGGAGCCUGCGUUGAGAAGCUGGACUUUACAACCCCAUCACCUCUGCUGGAGCAGGGCAGGAAGACUGGGCAGGGCUGCUGCUUCCGAGCCACUGUGAAUAGACAUGACCCUGUAAAUAAAGCUUUUAUAAUAA